GUUGGCUCAUCACUAAUGUUGACGUAUCAACCAAACAUCGUUCCUUUACACGUAACAUAAUAAACAACUGAAACUUACAAUUAAAAUAAAUUCAAAUUAGUUUGAAAAUUGUGACUGAACUGAACAUGACAAUGACAUUUGACAUGUGAACGACAAGGAAAGGGCAAGUUUGUUUUUGUAACUUGUAAUUUACCUACCCAUGAUUUUCUUCUCAUAUAAAAGAUAAUAACAGGUCUAGGGAAAACUGUGAUAUCUGGCUAUCGUUUUUAUUUUACAUGUAAAAAUGCAUAUGUGAAAGAUUUUUUUAAAUUUACGACCAUGAAUCCAUAUAAGGAUGUUGAAGAUGGUUCUUUCACUCUUCCUCACAUUACUUAUGAAGAUAUUGCCACGAAGCUUUUGAAAGAUCAUCACUUCUUGACAGCUCUAGAACUACACACGGAGCUUGUGGAAUGUGGAAGAGAACUGCCGCAACUAAGAGAAUUCUUUUCAAAUCCAGGAAACUUCGAACAGCAUGUAUCCAGGGCGUCUGAGCUUAAUUCUAUGCAUCGGACACCAAGCCAAGCAACUUUAGAUUCUUUGGACACUGCUCGUUAUUCUGAAGAUGGAGGUGGAGACAGAGGUGGUAGUGGAGGGGAUGUAGCUGUCCUUGAAUUUGAACUUAGGAAAGCAAAAGAAACCAUCAAUGUUUUACGAGCCAAUUUGACUCAAUUUGCAGAUGGAGAUUCUGCUUUAGACAAAGUGUCCAAAGAUGCAUUUAAUCAGAGGUCUUUAAAACCUCAUGAGAAAAAAGCCCUUAAUUUUCUUAUCAAUGAAUAUCUAUUACUACAGGGCUAUAAACUCACCUCAAUAACAUUUUCAGAUGAAAAUCCUGAUCAGGAGUUUGAAGAUUGGGAUGAUGUAGGUUUGAACAUGCCAAGGCCAGCAGGAUUGGUAUCUUUAUUUUGGGGAAAUUCAACAUCACUGAAUAUACUUAAAGUUGAUGCUUGUACACAACAUGACAUUCAUAUUGAUAGCAUAGGAUGCCAAACAGACUUAGAAGAUGGGAAUAUAUGCAUGAGUUGCCAGUCAUCCCUUGAUGCUGGUACUGAUUGGAAUCAUGAGUUGCUGAUUCAAGCUGAAGAGAUAGUUUUGUUAAAACAAAAAGUCAUAGCAUUAGAAACUGAGAAACUGAAUUUCCAAAAACUUUAUGAUGCAGCUAUUGUCAGUCUGAAUGCACUAACAAGCCCUAUGUCAGAUAACAAAACAUUAGACUUUAAUAUACCAGAUGAAAAAAUAUCAUCUGUACAAUCAGCUAAUGACAGGAUAGAAAAUGCAUUGAAUGUGAGACCGAUCACUUGUACAGCAGCGGAAAACCAUUAUGGCAGUGGGAAUUCCACACAUAGUGCUACACCAGAGCAAUUCGAAAUGAUAGAUAGUGAAAAAAAUAAUGCCUUUGGGUACUUACCUGUGUACUUACCUGGGGACUUACCUGCUGUGCUUGCUCGACGACUGGUGCGGCGCCGGGACCUCGGUAGGGCCGUAGCCGCGGCGCCACGAGAGGGGAUGCGACCCGCCGACCGGCUGGACGCUCCCUGUCUGCCCUCCGGGGCUGAUACAGGGAGUGAUGAGGCUGGUCUACUGUGGCGCAUCGACCUACGGGGGAGAGGAUCCACGAUAAGGGCUAUGCCUGUGUGGAUCCUCUCAACACGAUGGCGGUCGGCAUUGCACGCUCCUGCCUCGUCGUGGGGGUGCGUCUCGAAUGUCUCUGAGGCGUACCCCCAACUCGAGUGGGACCUGCCCUUUUCAGGGCGGACCGAAAUGGGGGCGAACCGCGCGGUGUAUGGCCUCCGGGCAUCGCCUACCAUGAGAGGGACAUCGCUGAGUUUUAGUGGAAGAAAAGAUGGUUCUAAUACUAGUUCCUUUGACCCUGUGACACUUGACAACAGUAUACGUGAUUCUCCAUUGCGAAGAAGUAGUGUGACAACACUGGAUGAAACCUUAAGUAUCAAUGAUGGAGGAGAGUGGACUCGCGUACAUUACGAUUAUGGCGUCGCUGAAACCAACAGCAAAGAGAUAUGGAUAGAUAGUGGUCUACCACACAGUUUGAAAGUUUCCAUUUUGAACUGGUGUUGUGAAACUCUGAAUUUAACAGAACCACUUAAUAAUGACCUCUUGGCAGAGCUGGUGACAAGUGAGAAACAAAUCACGUUGCCUGGGUUAUUGACAUUAGUUGCCGAUACAUUACCUCGAAUAAUACCACAUACGCUUGUGGCACGGCGAUGUGAAACAGCGGCGUUACUGGCAGCCGGUGCGGCCUUACUGCCGCCAGGGGACUCGAGACGGGCGCGGGUGUUGCACACGUUGCUCACGCUCGUCAAGAAACCAGACCAAGCGGACACCAGGGCGAUAUGCGAAGCAACAUGCUUGAUUGUGAAAUGGGGUGGUAGCGGGGAGGUUUUAUCUUCAAUAGCCGAACUUUUGGCCUCUAGGUCUGCCGAACGAAGGAUAUUAGCCAGCCAAAUAUGCGUGGCCAUCGCGCCGUAUGUGCCUAUAGAGUUAUGCACAUCUCUCUUGCUUAGCUUAGUAAUACUUAUGUGCGAAUCAAACGAAGUGGAAAUCAGGAGUUUGGGAUUAAAGUCCGCCUGUCUUAUAUGCCCUGUCGCUGAACACAAAUAUGCACAACUCGAGAAUCUCAUGUUUAACUUCUUAAAGGAUCCCAUUGAGAAGAAUAUUAAAGACACUGUUCAUAUUUUUGUACCUAUAUUAGCUAGAACAGCUGUAAUAGCAGGGAAGUUUUCAUCUGAUCUGUGCAGUAGAGUCAUAAGUAAUUUAGUCAAAGCAAGUAUGGAAAAUGAGUGGAAAACUAUGAUAUUAUAUUUAGAUGUAAUGAAAGCAUUAGUUUUAGCUAAGUUGGCCUAUGUGGUCAAUGUACAAGUAGUUAGGGAUGCAACUUUUUAUAACUGUGAUAAGAAAUCGAUUAACUUACAAGAGGUACCCUUGGAAGGCGAGCAAGAAUAUUUUAUAGAUCUGCAGUGCUAUAUUACUGAUAAUGUAGAUGCGAAAUUAUUAUUGGUAGCUAUGAAUAAAUUAAUUAAGGAAAAACCUGAAGUGAGAUGGACUGAAUUAACUUGGUUUAUAAGCAUAAUGAAACAAAUAUUAGAAGUGGCCACAAAUAGCAGAGUACUAAAUCAUCCAACAAUUUACGAAGUACUUAUAUCGUUAUUUAGUUCUUACGUUGAUAAUUUCGAUGCGGACAUCACCUAUCAUAUAGUGAAACCAAUAUUUAAUGAUACUAUUGUGGAUUUGGAGAACAAAUUGGAGAAACUUCAUAGUUUGAACGUGGAAAGUACAAUUAUUGUUGGUAUAUAUUUGAUAGCUGUGUUGCCAGCUUUAGAAGAUAAAACACAGCAUGGAGAAUUUCUUCAAAAGUCGGUACGGGAAGUGGCUAUAACAACUUGGGGUGCAGUAACAAGAAGCUGUAUCAUUCGGGGAUUGGAAUGUGAAGCUCAAUGCUGGCCACCCGUUGAGGAUCUGCUCGCCUCUCGUCCGCUCGCCGGCAAGGAAGCCGUCAGGGCGGCUGAAUCUCUAGCGCUUCUAGUACUACCCACACCUGAUAACCAUGCCGUCUCAGAGAAAGCUGUAUCACUGCUUUGUGAGUUGUGCCAGCGAUGUGCAUUGUCCAGUGAAUGGUUGGCGGCUUUAACGCCGGGGCUACAACUGGCUGCCCAUCACUGCCGACAUCACCCGGCGUUACUUCCCGCACUCAGAAAACUAGAAGAAGGUGUUCAGGCGCCAGCUCUAUCACAUUACAAAGGUGCUAUUGAAGCGUUGAUACAUAACGUCGCAGGCCCUUCGUUAGAAACGAUACGAGAGCCUCCCCGUCCGCCAACAAACCUUCAGGCCGCCCAAGAAGUUGGUAGAAGAGUUACACAAAUGUUCCAACAAUCGAAAAAUAACAUGAAUCUACAGAGUAUUUUCAAGAAGAAAACAUAGAGUGUCUGACAAUUAAGCUUAGUACUCCAAAACAAAUUUUACAUCAAUGUGAAACAUAAAAAAAAAUUCAAGACCUCGUUUUAACAAAUGUCUUCAUAUAAAAAAAUAAUUUUAAAUUAAAUUCACACCCAAUUAAUAAAAAAUAAUAUAUGAAACACGAAUGUCAGCUGUAAGAUAAUAAACGUAUUAAGGCAUUCUCUAUGUAAAAAAAAGUAGAUAAAUUCCUCGCUUCCAUCUAAGAUCAGAUACGAAAAUACCAAGCUAAUGAAAUUAUUAUGUCGUCCUAAUUUUAUUCAUGUUAUCUGUCUAUUACCCUAACACGCUUCGAAGGACCAUAUUAUGCAGGUGUAUAUAAAUUAACUAAAAGCACAAAAAACCUGUGUUAUAAUAGGGUAUUUGACACUUUCUGGAAACUUUUUUAAAUGGUUAUUUGAUACAUCAUAUACACACUGUCAAUAUAUUUCAUGAGAAUCUGUUUUUUUUCCAUGAAAAUAAUUGUUAAAGUUUAAAUAGCCAAAAUCGUACAAAAA